UUGUGAUGUUCAUGGUUGGCACAUCAUGCUAAUUGUUUCUUUUUAUUCGAGUUUUAGGGCAAUAUAAGCAAUUAAGGGCUUAACUAAGGCAUGUCUGCUGUGAGAUUCUGUGGUUUGAAGUCAUCAAUCUUUCGUCGAAAAUCAAGUGAUUUUGAGUCAAUGAGAAGUUCUUCCUCUUCUAACAAAAAAAUGAGAAUUUCUACUCCACCAAAGAAGCCUACAAAGGUUUACAAUGAUGUAAAGGGAGAGUCAAUGGAGUGGUCAUUUAUAGGUAUGGAUCAAUUGAUGUUAAUGAUGAAAGUCCAUAAGAAAAUCUUUGUCUUCAGAGACAUCAUGGACCUUGCUCCUUUGAACACUUCUGCUUCCUUAAGAGAGAUGGUUAUCACUUCAUUGGAAGAUCUACAAAGGCUUUACCCAAGGAUCAUCUCAAUCAAGAAAGUGACAAAUAUUAAGGACAAGUCUAUAGAUCAGGGUUUGGCAUACUUGUGUGAGGGUUUAAAGUGUCUUGGAGAGUCAUGGUUGAAGAAAAAUGAUUUUAUGGACAACAAAAAUUGUGAGUUACAAAUAACAUCAUGCAAGGAUAACACAAAUAUGCAACAAUUAGGUAAAACUAUGUUAGCUACACUUGAUUGUUUAAUUAAGAUUGCAAGUGAAAAAUUUGAUAUCAUGGAAGAAGAUUCUCCAAAGAAAGUUUUCAACUCCUCCAACAAUUCAGAUAUCACACCAAAAUGUGUCCUUCCAAGUCCAAUAUCAUCAUAUACUUCAACACUUUGGUCUCUAAGAAUUCAAGCUGUUGGAAAGCUAAAACCGAUUGAUUUAAAGCGCUUAUCUUACCAUAUGUCACCACAAUUGAUUGAAAGACAAGAAAAUAAGAUAGAAAAAGAACUAACUAAAGACAAGGAAAAGGAUCACAAAGUUGAAAAUCAUGAAAAUGACUCAAUAAAGGAUCUAGUUUUUGACUUAAACACAAUUGAGAAAUUGGACAAAACAAUGCCGCUGCCACCACCACCUCCUCCUCCACUUCCACCAUCAACACCUCAAUUGCCACCUGUUAAGAUACCACCACCACCUCCACCGCCACCACUGUCUCUAGGCUUAAGCUCAGUAGCACUACCUCCACCACCACCUUUGUCCAUGAAACCUGGAUCAACUCCGGCUCCAGCUCCUCCACCGCCAAUGCUACGUGGAAACGGAGGAUCUGCACCACCGCCACCUCCACUUGGAGCAGGGAGAUCAUUAAGGGCUAGAGCUACUACAAAACUGAAAAGAUCAACACAAUUAGGAAACCUUUAUAGAACUCUCAAGGGAAAAGUAGAAGGGUCUAGCCUUAAAGGAAAAUCGUCUAGUGGGAGAAACACUGCAAUUGGAGCAAAAAACACCGGUGGAAAACAAGGAAUGGCUGAUGCUCUAGCAGAGAUGACAAAAAGAUCAUCUUACUUUCAACAAAUAGAAGAAGAUGUUCAAAAGUACACAAAACACAUCAUAGAAUUGAGAUCUUCUAUUACCAAUUUCAAGACAAAGGAAAUGACAGAAUUGAUCAAGUUCCACAAAGAAGUUGAAUCUGUUUUUGAGAAACUAACUGAUGAAUCUCAGGUGUUAUCAAGGUUUGAAGGUUUCCCCUCAAAGAAGCUAGAAGCUAUAAGAAUGGCAGCAGCACUGUUCAACAAAUUGGAUUCAAUACUUAAUGAGCUUCAAAAUGUGAAUAUAGUUACACCAGUGACUCAAGUCCUUGACAAGAUUGAACGUUAUUUCAAUAAGAUCAAAACAGAAUUAGAUGCUUUGGAGCGAACGAAAGAUGAAGAAUUGAAGAAAUUUAAGGGCCAUAACAUCGAAUUCGACUUCUACAUCCUUGUCAAAAUUAAAGAAGCAAUGGUGGAUGUUUCUUCAAAUUGCAUGGAGUUAGCACUAAAGGAAAGACGUAUUAAUAAUAGUAGUGAUGGAAAAAGAAAAGAAUGUGGUGGUAAGUUGCUUUGGAGGGCUUUCCAAUUUGCAUUUAGAGUUUAUACAUUUGCUGGUGGACAUGAUGAUCGUGCUGACAAACUCACAAGAGAAUUGGCUAAGGAAAUUGAAAGUGACCCUAAUCAACCAUAGCUAUUCAUUGAUCUUCUUCCACAAUGAUUCUUGUUAAUAAUCAUGUAAUAUGUAUAUGUGCAUGUGUGGAUUAAAAUAUUGACAAGUGCUGAGAUACCUAAAGUCGAGAUUUUAUUUUUUGUUUUAUAUGAAAAAAUGUCAAUCCAUUUUUGUUUAAAGCCAAAAUGAAUAUAUUGAAACCAUGUGCUCAACCAA